GUUUUUCCCUAAAUCCGCAUGAUAUCGUUUGAAUUGUUAUUUAUUGAGAUGAUAAUAUGUAUAUUGAUUAUUAGUUUUGACAUUGGCUACAAAGCACCCGAAAUCAAUAAAAAUUGGGUGGCGAAACUUUAGUAUUUUUGAAGAAUGGUGCGAGUAAUAUCAGUUCAUCAUUUUGCAAAUCAGGACAUCCAUAAAUGUGAGGAACCAUUGGCAGUAACUACUGCUCCACCUGAUCGUUUGCUGUUGGCUCAGGCCCAGCAUGCUGUUGAAGUUCGUGGCUUAGCUGAGGGCGGAGAUGUUCUGUUCACUUUUCCUACUGUAGAUGAAGUACGUCAGAUGGUGUAUUGCUGUAAUGGUGACUACAUUGCAGCCCUUGAACGCAAGCAAAAUCGCCAAGGUACAAUCUCCAACUAUGUACGAAUUUACUGUAAAUGGGACGUAGUUAAUAACCCCCCAGACAGCACAUUUCUACAGCAGCCAAUGCGUGCAAGAAUUGCUGGCCAGGUAACACCAAGCAGUGCACAAAUCAGUUCAGGAGGAUUGGAAAUGAUCGAACUGCCUUUGAAAAGAGACCCAAAUGCAGUUGCUUGUUGCCAGGUAACUGGAAAUUUGAUUGUAGUCCUUGACAGAACUUUGGUGCUUUAUUAUUUUAAAGUGAGGGCACAUGAUAUAUCAAGACAGAAAUUUAUAGAUUUUGAAGAAUCUCCAGUAAGUUUGGAAAUGUGUUUCACACCAAUGAAAGUUGAAAUGUGUGAGGAUAUUGUAGCUUGCAUGUCCAAACAGUAUCUGCAUGUGUUCAAAGUGGGACAGUUGGAAAAAGAAAAAAACUUGCAGAAUACUUCCAUUAAAAAUGAGAAGGACAAUGGGACCAAGAAAGAAACAGAUUCUGAAAUUAACUGGGAUUCUCUGCUGGAAGCAGAAUUCAAUAAAAAUUUAGCAAAAGGCAGAGAUGCUUUUGAAGACAACUGGGUUGAGAAGCUCCACAAUAAUUCAUUUCCUCUUACUAUCCACCUGCCAGGAAUAACAACUCAGCAGGGUCAUUGUUCAACAAAUACUUCAACAAAUGAUGGCACACCAUAUAGAAACAUGCCAUUUAAAGUAGCUCCUUUGGAAAUGACAAUUAAUGUGAAGUGUUCAUCACCAUCUGAGGGCCCUUCUGAGGAAACUAGUGUUACAAAUCUGCUACAACUUCAGCUAUAUUCACCAGAAGCUGGAGAUUCAAAUAUGGGUGUACUUGUUGGUCCUGAAGAAUUUCGUUGUUUAGUGGUGAAGCCAAUGUACCUCAGACAAGCUAAACCCCUCCAAAACCAAAAAUCAAACAAGAAAAUAUCAACAAACCACCCAAUGCGGUCACCUUAUUACAAAAAUCUUGGAAGUGUGGUUUGUUUUGUUGCUACACAACAAGAAGGUUUUCUUUAUCAUUUCCCAAUGAUAGCAUCAAGAGAACCCUUGAAGUUACAACAGGCAGCUUGUGUCUCUGUGUAUCCAUUUACAGCACCUGUGUUGCACAUAGCUUUGGAGAGCUAUUUGCUUCAUGCCCUUACAGAAAUGGGACUGGAAACUUACACCUUGAAAUCUUCUCAUCAGUUAAUAAGGGAAAAUGAGUCACUGGACGGUGCUAUAUCUAGAAAAUCUGAUGACCCCGUGUGUUUGGUUGGCUUGCGACCUUUCCUUGGUGUGGAACAUUUAUUGCUUUCUGAUUCAUAUUUAUCACUGUUGGCUUGUUCAGAAGGAUCCAGCAUUAGUAGCCAAGAUUCUCAUAGCACAAACUGGACUUUAUAUUCACUUAAAGUUCCUAGUGCACUAACACUCUAUAAUGAUAUUAUGACUGUUGCAUCACAACACCGUUGGUCAAGUCCUGCAACAUAUUGUCAUCUGUUGACAGAAGCUCACACAAUUUUGCAGAUAGCUGCCCAUACUGUGUCAUGGCUCUCAAAGCAGCACCAUUCAGUUGGCAUAAUUACACCAAAUAUGAAGAAUGAUGAAGCAACCCAACUUGAAGAUACACUAAGAGAAUCAUGUGCUCUGCUCGGAGAUUAUUAUAUAAAUUGUGAUUGUGAAGAAGACUGGACACUUGCAGCUCACUAUUACAAAAUGACUGGCUUCAGCCCCAUAAACAUUAUAGAAAGGGUGAAAAACCUUGAAAUUCCAAAGGAGACUGAUAUAGAGUGGAAAAAAGAGAACCAGCUGAAAGCAUUGAUGAAGUAUUUGAAGACCAGUUUAUUAUUCAUGCAUCAUAAUUCAGACAGCUCAUUUAAUCCAUCAAUCCAAGAUUUUACAAAUACUUUACUGGAUCUGUUUGAGAAGUAUAGUCCAUCUGAAGUUUCUACACUUGUCCUUCAUUCUGCUCUGUUGAGAGAGUAUGCUACUGACAGGGUUCUGAAUGUAAUGAAAAAACAGCUAUCUGUCAGACCAGUGCCCAAGUCAAGUGACGCAUUAGCCUUAGUUUUGUUAUGCAUCCAGAAGGGAUCACCAGAACAAGCAAAUGCUGUCUUAAGCUCUUUUGAACCAAACCAACUUUCAGCUAUACUUUUUGAAAAUAGUAUGCUUCUGUUUGAGACAACUACACCAGUGAAGUCUAUGAGCAAGCACGAUUCUGUGUACAGUAGCAGAAGGAAUGACCAGUUAACAACAUUUUCAGAGUUGUCUGUUGUUCUGAUGGAUUCAAAACCUAGAGUACUUGCAGGAGUGUUAUCAGAGUUGGUUGCAUCACAGAAAAUGUCGCUGCAGGAGGUUUUGCAAGUUUUUUUGGAGUAUCUCCCAUCUAGAAUUGGUAUUUCUGGAUCAUCAGCAAGUCUUGUUUUACAAGUUUUCCUGGAAAACUACUUUGGACAUUAUUUUGAAUUGUAUCCAGAUUGUGAUUUCAAAUCUGUGUAUGACCUUCCUGUUAUUGAAGCACUGAAAAUACUGGUGAGGUCUUACCUGAGUGACCUCCAGUGCUAUAAUCUUGCUAGUAAAAAGAAUACCAGUGACAAAAGUUGCACACCUGAAACUCCAGAAGUUAAAGAUAGUGCAGAUAAAUCACCAGUUCUUUUUGAAAGUUGUCGCUUUGUGUUUCUUCAAAAAAUGCCUCCAUUUGCUCCUAAUUUGUCUGAAAAGCUUCUAGCGCAUCAGAGAGGUGAAAACACGGAUCCAAAAAUUCAACCAUCAGAUGAAGAUAAAGGCCACAAAAAUGAAAGUCUUGUUAAACUUCAGUGCCUUCUUUGCUCUGGGAAACUUCCAAAGGAGUGUGUUGUAGAAGUUUACCAAUUUGUUCAAACACACCCACAACUUCAUGGAAACCUCAGCCUCCAGGUCCUGUGUGUCUCAACAAAGGAAGCAACGAAUGUUUUGCUGAAUUUCUGUCCUCAAACACUGCUGCAGUUUGCCAAAGACAGAUAUACUGUUGACAGUGAGUACAAACAUUUGUUGUCAUUGUUACACAAGAAAAUCAGUGCAUUGUCUGAUGAGUUACUGAAGCCAUACUACAUGCGAGUAAUGAAUGAAAUUUUAACGUACUUGGCCCAGACAUAUCCAUUGGAAUCUCUAUGCCAAAUGUUACCUGCUGGAACAGAGUCUCAGUAUGCUAGUUUUAUCCACAUGGGCCAACAAGUAACACAUGCCAAUCACAUCAGAUCACUUAUAAUGAUUACUGGCCGACAGCUGUUAGGAACUCUGAAGUUAUGAACUUUUAUGUACCUUCCAGUGUUUUCUUUCCCACUAUUGUAUUUAUUAUUUAAGUUUGCAAUAUGAUAUUUACAUUUCAGGUAUUUAACUGAAAAUACUGUCUAGUGGCAUGUCUAGUGCAUUAUAAGGCUGUGAAAUUAUGCCUGUAUUAGUUGUAAAACAGUGUAUGAAUAAGUUUAUAAACAGUUUACAAUCAUUAUAGCAAUUGUGGCAUCAUAUUGGACUGCCACAUCUAUAAAACAUAAUAUAUAAGCCAAGGACCUCCCACCAUUGUGUUCCUUUUUUAUUCUAUUGACUACAAGAUUUUGCACCACUAUUAGUAUUUUAAAAGCAACAUAUCACUUUUUGGUAUUUCUUAAAAAUUUUACAGUACUCAAAAGUUAUUACAUGUAUGGUAAAUGAACUGUAACUGGUAGAAUUAUAUUUUAUAAAGAAGCCCACUGUGAGCUCAGACAUAGCAGGAGCUAUUCUUGAUCACUUGAUAACAUAAAGCCAUUUUCAAAUCCAAAGAGCUUUUUAAGCAGUAUGUAGAGUGCAGCAAUCACAGUAAAUGCCUUUGUGGACAUGAGCUACAGUUUGCUAUUAUUAUUAUUGUUAAGUUUCUUGCCUUAGAAAAAAAUGGAGGAUGCCUGUGAAAUAAUUUACAGAUGUCUAAAACAAAGUAGUGAGUGAUACUUUUUCUGUUGUUAAAUUAGGUGAUGAGAAAUGUGGUAGUUAGUGUUAUAAAUAUGUACGAUGAUUACUGAGCAUCAUGUGCUCUGAUGGGUGGUGAAAGUGAAUAUAAAACAUACUGAAUUCAGCGUCAUAUUAUACCAUCCACAACUGAACUAGACAGCAAAAGACUUCUGUAGAAAAUAGUUGCACAAUGCACAAUUGCUGUCAGUGAAUAACUUCUGAGCCAUAAAAAACAGUAAUAAAUUGGAAAAUACUGGAAAGUAGCUUGUUUUUCUCUUUCUCUCUGUCUCUCUCUCUCAGACAUAAUACAGUUGUGCUGCCACUUCGGUCAGGGCAGAUGGUAAGUACAAUUAUGCACUUGUGUUUCAUAGUAAUUAAUGUUCUUUGCAGUAGAAAUAUAUCAGUGUGGAAUUCAUUGAAAUAUAGAGUGGGAAAAACAGAAGUGAAAAAUAGGACAGUGUGUUUUAAUUUACAGUAUUGGUAAAUAGCCUGGUAACAAUUGUACAGUAUACUAAGGAUAAAUCUCAAAAAAUUUAAGGAAAGCUUUUAUUAAGAUGAAAGCCUUCAUUUUAAUGCCAAGAGAGGGAGAGAGGAGAUUAAACUCAUCAUUUUGUUUAACAAAUGUCAGGGCUUUAGGAAUGUUUGUUAAUGCAAAUUUGUAACAUUUGUGACUUUUUUAUAGAAGCAAAAUGCAUUAAAAUCAUCAAAAUUGCAGUUAAAUAUCAAAAUCAUACAAAGCUUUGCUUCUUUAGCAGUGGAAGGAAGUCCCACAAUCAAAAGAUAAUAUGACAUUUUUCACAAACUGUGAAAGUUGAUCAUCAUCUAGUAACACAAAAUGCAGAAAGAAAGAAAAAAGGCAGACACUGUUACUAUUACUUGAGCAAAUGCAUCAUGGAAGUGUUUUGAGUGGAACUCAUUCACUACAGUAUGAGAAACAAUCCCAUGUAGAACAUGCAGAAAAAAACCAACAAUGAAUACUGUCAUGCUGCACCAUAGAGCAUGUAUGCCAUGGCUCACAUACUAGGGAAGUGGACAUAUGUAAUUAUUAAAAUGAGAAACACCACCUAUCAAUCUUACAAAUAAUGUGACACUUGAAGCAUUAAGACAAAGGAUUAAAAAAUAAAGAACUUCUCUCCUCUCUCUCUCUCUCUUUCUCGAUAUUGAUUAUGUUAACACUUAUCUCAUAAAUUCCAGCAAUGAAACAUGAACACCAUUAUGUUUCCCUCAUUCCCAGUAAAUCAUACACUUGGGUUGUUUGGGCAUUGAAGUAUAUCUUGAGUGUUGAUUUUAGACCAAUGUGAGAGGUACAUAACUGUGUACCAUUUAAAGUAGCUUGGAAUCAGCACCCAAAAUAUGUUUCAGUGUAGUCAGACUGACAAGAUAGAUUUAAUGAUUUACUGGAAAUUAGUGAAACAUAAGGCUGCUGAAGUUUCAUCUACUCUAUCUAACUUACUGCUACCUGUUAAAAUGUUCUGAACAUUUAAAGACUAUAGUGGGUAUAAUUUUUAAUGUGAUGCUACUUAAAUAUGCAGUACAUUUGUUUGCAUCUGAGGUUUCCCUUUUGAAUAACUUGUCACUUUAGUUGGCACCUAAAGUUGUGUGCCCUCAUAGUCACUUGUAUUAUUGGACUUUAAGAUGUUCCUAAAUCAUAGCUACUCAUUGAAAAAAUAAAGUUAUCAUAAUAAAAAAAAAUUGGCCCUUUCUUCCUUUGUCACACUUUUUCAAUUCUUAUCUAUUUUUUUCAGUUACGAGAAACUGUAAUCUGUGUUCUGUGUUGGGAGGGACUGUUGAAACUAAACUUUCAUGGAAAAUUAAAAUUGUAAUCUGAAUUAGUAAAUUAAACUAGGUUGCUAACAUCUGCUUGCAAUAAGCCCAACUGAAUCAAUAAACUAAUGACAUUACCACUUAACAAAAACCCAUCAGUGCCAGAAGUCUUGCACACAAGUGAACUUAAAGGCUAAUUUUUAUAUCUGCUUCCAGUACAUGUGUCUCUUUGCACUGAAAUGCUUCAUGAAGAGUGCCAUAGCUGAUGUUCUGUUUUAUAAUAGUUGAUGGCUGGUUUCUCCAUGAUGAUGUCUUCUUUUAUUAUUUUUUGCAUUUUCUUUCAUUGGAUGAUGUCGCUUCUCAAAGUGUUUUAAGCAGUUAUUAUUAACUGAAUUGGAAGAGCGAGAUAGUGGUGCUCAUUGUGGUUAAUUAUGUUUGGAAAACCCAAAGAAUAUUUAAGAUGAACUUUAAAGAAAUGGGGAAGCUGUUAAAAACAUAUUUUAGCUGAAAUGUACAGAAAAAGUUGUGUAUGAUGAUUCUUCUCCUUCCUGUUUUUGUUUGAGUAAGUGACAGCCUCUGCAGAGUACCUGUUUUGAAUGCUGCACUGUUUACACAAAUUAAUUGAAAGAUGGUCUUAAGAAUCUAUUGUGAAGAUUGGUACUGUUUCUCAGAAUUAGAAUUUAAAAUGAUGAGAAAAAAUGGAAUGAACUUGCCAAUUACUUCUAGAACAAUAUUCCAUUGAAAUAUGCAUCUCAAAAACGAAAAUAAUUUUUAAUGUUGAAGGUUUUGAUGUUGGUGUAUUGUAUAUUCAUAAAAAUUAUGAGAAAAUUCAUACUUUUGCAGUUUGUGAGCUUCUCUCCACUGCUAAAUUUAAAGGAAAAAAAAAGUAUCUUAUGGAGAUGAGAUACACGUUGGUACAUUAACUGGAAUUAACUGUGAACAUACAGUGAUAAAAACAGAAAUCCUUAGCACAGAAAGCUUUUGUUUACAUUUUGUGCGGCCUCAUACUUUUUGUAGUUAUGGGUAUAUCAGUAACAGUUCUAUAUAAAUGAAUCAAGACUGGUAAGCAGUGAUCUUAAAUGCAGGUUGUAAUUACAGAGCAAAGUCUUCCUGCUGGCUAAGAAAAAAAAUUACAUUUUUGACAUCAUAACAGUGAAUUGCACCUCUUUAUAACCUGAGAGUAUUUUUGCUGUGAUGUGACUGCAUAGUAAACUUUCCUAAGUUUUAUGGAAAUGAUGUAUGAUGAAUGUCUGUUUUCCAUGAUAUGCCAGUAGUUAGUUAAUGUAUUCAGUAACAGUUCUCUUUAACUGUUAAAAGCCUUUCAGUCUAGUGCCUUUACAAGAGUUUUAACUAUACUGUACAAAAUAUUUCUGUUCAUUGCACUUCAGACUCUGGCUUUUAUUUAUGAUGUAAAGUCUGUAGUAAUAUACAUGUGUUUCAUUUGAGGUUGUUAAUUUAGUUGUUUACAAAGGCUGAAGUUUGAAAUAAGGAAACUAUGUCAAUAAUUUGGGUUCAGACCAUAAAUGAGAAAAGUUAUAAUUUUGUUAUAGUUUGUUUUUGUGCACCAACUCUGCAGUAUGUAGAACUGUGUUAGUUUACUGUAAAUUAUAUCACUGUACAUCUUGUACUGUGCAUAUCUCAUGUUAUAGUAUUUGUUUCAUUUGUGUACUAGUCUUC